ACCGCUCUCCUCUCUCCCGAAUAAAUCCCUCCGCCAUUACGACGCCACAAUCCCAUCCCACCCACCACCCCUCCGCCUCCGCCUCCGCCUCGCCGGAGUCCAGUCCAAUCCACCCUGGGAUGAGCCGGAGAUGAAGUGCAAGCUCCACCCCUACGCCAACGCCGUCGGCGUCUGCGCCCCCUGCCUCCGCGACCGCCUCCUCGACCUCGCCGCCCAGCGCGCCGCGGCCAGCGCCGCCGACGCAGACGACGACGACCGCCACGGCAGGGCAUCAUCCUCCUCCCUGUUCGCGCGCUCCGCCUCCCCCUACUACGCCGCGGCCCGCCGCUCCGACGCCUGCGCGUACGCCACGUCCUCCUCCUCGGCCGCCGCCGACCACCACCCCAACCUCCUCUUCUUCCGCACGCCGCAGGUCGGCCCCGCCGCGCCCGCCCGCGACGAGCCCGACCCGCGCGCCAAGAAGGUCGCGCGCCGGCGGUCCUUCCUCGCCGCGAUAUUCGGCGGCGGUUCCGGCGCGAAGGAUCCUCCCCGGCGCUCCACCUCCUGGCUCUCGUCGAUAGUCCGCCGCAAGCGGCGGCCGGGCGCGGCCGCGGCGGAGUCCACGCCGCCGCCACCAGACGAGGCGCCUGACUCCCCCGGAGGCAGCACCACCAGUAGCUGGUGGUUCCCCUCUCCCUCGCCGGCGAGGCAGCAUCGCCGUAGGCACACCGGCGUGGGCGCCGGCGGCGACGGGAUCUCGGGGUUCGCCGUGUGCCUCAGCCCGCUCGUCCGGCCCAGCUCCGGCGGCGGCGGCCGGCGGCGGUGCCAGCCGCCGGAUCCGUCCCCCCUGGGCGAGACCCACCGGCGCAACCUGUCCGCCGGCGGCGCCGCGUCGUUCGGGCGCAACACCUCCCGGAAGCUCGCCGACAUGGGUAGGUUCCGAUGACGCCAUCUCGCGCGCUUUUUUUAAUUUUUCUUUUCUUUUCUUUUUUGAUAAAUUUUAUCUUUACUUUCUUUUCUACAAAAUUUGACCAAACUUUCGGUACUCUCGAGGAGAUGUAACGACGUCAUUGUAUGUAUGGUAGUAGUAUUUGAAAUUGAAAAGAAAUCCAGUGGAAAUUUGGACGUUUUGGGUUUGUUUCUGGUUAGGCAGUAGCAAUGUACUAGCAUAUAUACAUAUUCAUAUUGGGAAGAAGACGGCUCAAUUUUCUAA